AUGGAUGCUCGAAAUUCCCUGUUUGGCCAGGGCCCCCGCGGUGGUCGGGUUGGCAUACCGUCCAACCCAGGUGCAUCUCGCUCGCAGUCCGGCACACCCCAAGCCAUGAACCCUCAGCCGUCACCGCGAAUGCCCUCCUACGGCCAACCGCAGCAGCAGCCGUCAUACAACCAGUCAUACUCCUCUCCCGCCCCGCAACAGCCACAGCGAUCCUAUCCGCCCGCCAGCCGUGGCCCCGCCAUGGAGCUCCGGCUGUAUAAGCUCGAGGACAAGAACUUACAAUCUCUCUACAUCUUCGGCAACAUCUGCGCCGUCUCUCCAAGCGACUUCCCCGGUAACAGAGAUGGCACAGACAUACAUCUCAAGUUGUCAGGGCCCCAGCUCCGGGGGGAAUAUGUCGUCACCGCCCGGCCGACACCAGGCUUCCCCUCAGGGUGCAUUGCACUCAGCGACCCGCAGAGAUCCUGGGCGGGUAUAGCUAUGACCGAUACCGUCAGGGCCGAGCUGUACGAUCCUUUCGAGCGAGGUGGUAGGGCGUACCUUGGCUCCGUCGACGUGGAAAUUGGUUUCGCAUCGACUCGCAAGACGAACUCAUCUGUCUACGACCAGGAGACCCUUUCAGACCUCUUCCUGAAGACCUAUCAGAACCAAGUGCUGGCACCGGGUCAACGACUGAUCAUGGACUUCAAGAACACCCCACUGCUUUGCAUCGUCUCCACGGUCCAACUCGCGGACCUGAGCAUGGAGAAGCAAGGCGAAUCUGAAGCACCUACAAACACAGACCCCAACGCGCGGGGUAUCCUGACGAAUGUCACCGACAUUUCCUUUCACAAAGACCCCAAGGGAGGCUUAAACCUGAAGGGAUCAACCAAGCGAAACGCCAAUCCGAUUCUACGGCCAGAUUUCAAGUUCGAGGACAUGGGCAUCGGUGGUCUGGACGCGGAGUUCUCAACGAUCUUCCGAAGAGCGUUCGCCUCCCGUAUCUUUCCUCCUGCUUUGAUUGAUCAGCUGGGCAUCAUGCACGUCAAGGGUGUUCUUCUAUACGGCCCCCCCGGUACUGGAAAGACACUCAUCGCUCGUCAGAUCGGAAAGAUGCUGCAAGCCCGAGAGCCGAAGAUCAUCAACGGUCCCGAGGUCUUGAACAAGUACGUUGGCCAGAGUGAAGAGAACAUCCGUAAAUUAUUUGCAGAUGCGGAGAAGGAAUACAAAGAGAAGGGAGACGAAUCGGAACUACAUAUUAUCAUCUUUGACGAGCUCGAUGCUGUAUGCAAGCAGAGAGGAUCAGGUGCUGGAGGCGGCACAGGAGUUGGCGACAGUGUGGUCAACCAGCUUCUUAGCAAGCUGGAUGGUGUGGAUCAGCUCAACAAUAUGCUCCUUAUUGGUAUGACGAAUCGUAAGGACAUGAUUGAUGACGCUCUUUUGCGUCCUGGCCGUCUUGAGGUCCAAGUCGAGAUCUCCCUUCCAGACGAGGCUGGCAGACAGCAGAUCUUGAAGAUUCAUACCGCAAAGAUGCGCGACAAUGGCAAGCUGGCCUCAGACAUCGACCUGAAUGAGCUAGCGGCCUUGACGAAGAACUUCUCGGGCGCCGAGUUGAGCGGUCUUACAAAGAGUGCAGCGUCAUUUGCUUUCAACCGUCAUACAGCAGCUGGAACCAUGGCCAGUGUAUCGGCCGAUGUGUCCAAGCUCAUGAUCACACGCGAUGACUUUAUGAAUGCACUUGCGGAAGUCGUGCCCGCGUUUGGCGUCUCCGAUGAAGAACUUACCAAGGCCAUCAAAUACGGCAUCAUCAACUAUUCCCCAAGCAUACAAACCAUCUUCAACAACUGCAUGGUACAUGUUGAGAGGCUUGAGACGUCAAGACAAACAUGUUUCUCAAUGCUAUUCCAUGGUCCAGACGGCAGUGGCAAGACGGCAAUGGCAGCUCAUGUUGCCAAGAGCUCAGGCUUUCCUUUCAUCAAGAUCCUCACGCCUGAUGCAUUGAUUGGGUUCAGGGACGAGAUCGCGAAGAAGGAUCACAUUCACAAGACUUUCACAGAUGCUUAUAAGUCUCCUUUGAGCAUUCUCAUCAUCGACAACAUUGAGCGUAUCAUCGAGUGGAAUCCUGUGGGACCUCGAAUGUCGAACACCAUUCUCCAAGCGCUCCAGACCUUGAUUCAGACAGACCCACCAAAGAACCACCGCUUGCUCAUUAUUGGCACAACGGCGCGCCGCAGUGUGCUGGAGCAGCUAGACUUCGCCUCGGUCUUCUCCAAAGAAGUCGCGGUACCGGCAGUCGGUCAAUUGCGGGAUCUGGAUGCUAUCUUGCGCAGCCAAGAGGUGUUUGGCGACGAGAGGUCUCUCACUGAAGCCAUGAAUCUGGUCAACGAAUAUAGCAAUGGUUCUAACCAGGUAGGCGUGGGCAUUAAGAAGAUUUUAGACGUCGCGGAGACAACGAAGGGCCUAGAAGAGGAUAUGAAGGCAAGCUGGUUCGCUGAGAAUCUGGGCGCGUUAGUAGCUAGACGUUGA